GUUGAGACUGAUUAUUUCGAGACCAAUAAGCGAUCACUGUCUUUUCUCUAUUAUCUCACGCAGUAUAUGUGCCCGCAUUUCAUUUCCUUUCUAUUGUACAAUGCUUAGCUGACAUCAGAGCCGCCGAAUAUUGUCGAAUACUAUAUAAGACAAGAAGAUCAUCUCGCUUACCUACAUUACAAGACUAUAUCAGCGAAUCAUAAACUAAGCAAGACUAUAACAUGACCCUAAGGAUUUUAUCCAAGAUGACCAAGACGGCGCGCGACUUAAUAAUAUACGUAAGAUAGACCGUAAUUCAAUGUGGCCUCUUUUUAUCGCAUAUUUAGGAUAUUUAGUCUAGUUAGAUGCAAAAACGCUAUGCAUUUAUACCGAGCCCGAUCUCCAGCCGAGACUACUAAAGCGUCACUACGUCCGGUGUGUGGGAGAAUUAGUCAUGCCAUUGGCAACAUACUAAAAAUUUGAUGUGAAAUCUGUCUUCACGGGAAUCGAGAAAAUAAUGGCUUCAAACGAUGAUCAUAUCCUCACGCUGUCCUGCCCGGACAAGCCUGGUAUCGUCCACGCCGUCACUGGGCUCUUGGCAAAUCAUGGUCUCAAUAUCCUAGACUUGCAACAAUUCUCAGACCGGACGUCUCAGAAGUUUUUCAUGAGGGUCCGUUUUGGUCAUGCCGAGUCCACGGCUAACUUAGAUGAGCCUAUGGCUAAGCUCGCGGCGGAAAUGGAGAUGGACCAGUACGACUUACGAUCGGCGAGCCAGAAGCCCAGAGUCUUGAUUAUGGUAUCUAAGAUCGGACACUGCCUGAACGACCUAUUGUUCAGGGCCAAGUCAAACCAGCUAGGCAUUGAGAUCCCCUUAAUAGUGUCCAACCACCCGGACUUCAAGCCCCUAGCCGAGAGCUACGGAAUCGCAUUCCACCAUCUCCCGGUAACCAAGGAAACGAAGCUUGAGCAAGAACGCCAGAUCCUGGACCUGAUCAAGCAAGAAAACAUCGACCUAGUGGUGUUAGCACGGUACAUGCAGGUGCUGAGCCCGGGGUUGUGCUCGGCGAUGAGCGGGAAGAUCAUCAACAUCCACCACAGCUUCCUGCCGUCGUUCAAGGGGGCGAAGCCGUACCACCAGGCCUACGAGCGCGGCGUCAAGAUCAUCGGCGCCACGGCGCACUUCGUCACGGCGGACCUGGACGAGGGCCCGAUCAUCGAGCAGAGGGUCGCGCGCGUCGACCACAGCAUGAGCCCCAAGGAAUUGGUCGAGGAGGGAAGCAAUGUCGAAAGCCAGGUCCUGGCUGCGGCCGUCAAGUGGUGGAGCGAGAAGCGCGUGUUUUUGAACGGGCAUAAGACUGUUGUCUUCAACUAGCGAUGAGUUUUACGGAAUGAUAAAAAAUGUUGUUACCUCUGCAUAUAUGAUCUCGCAUCCCGGAUUUCAAACAUUCCAUGUAUAUACAUACCUAUGUAACCUAGUAGCGUGUGUCCGGAGUCGAGUAUCGGACCAAUAUCGGCGUCCUCGCUUUCUUAGUGUUGGAAGUUAAUGUGAAGCGUUUCGUUCCACAUUUGUUAGGCGGUGGGAGUAUUUGAAGUAUCGAGUAAUGAAUUCUAGGCUCAUUGAUCAGGGACAAGGACAAAGAGAUAAGGUUUUGGGUCAGGUCCCUGGAUUCUGGUAAUAAUAUGUGGGUUGGAUGCGGGACUUAGUGUAGUUGUCGAUUCAUGGCGACAUAGCAUGUGACCCGGAGAUAAGGAGGCCAACCAACUAGGUAACCUCUGUACACUCUUUCUACUAUAGUUUUCUAUUGUUCUUAUUAUCAGGGACGGCCUAUCCUUAGGACUAUCCCUAGGGCCUAUGUAGGUGCGGCUGGCUUUGUGUUUGCUCAGCCUAUUGGUACAUAUAACAUCAUCUAGCCGAGCGAACUAGAUGUCUAGCGCUUAUACGAAGGGUUGCUGGUGGCGAAUAGAACAAGUGUUAGAGGCGGCCGAGAAUGUCGGUUGAUCCUAUUAAAGAAAGGCUAUAAGCAUCGCCAUCUGUAGAUCUUCCCAAAGGAAUCU